AUGGCUGAACAGCCCCAGCCUACCGUCAAAACGAGGUUUCUCGUCAUCUCAGACACGCACGGCCGUGACUCCAUACCAUCAUCAAAUGAGCCUGCCGAUGUGGCCAUCCACUGCGGCGAUCUCACGAUGGGGUCCACCCUGCAAGAAUUCCAAGGAGCCAUUAAACUCCUAAAGCAAAUCAACGCCCCACUCAAGCUUGUCAUCGCGGGCAAUCACGACUUCACACUUGACCCCCCUGCAUUUCAGAACAAAAUCCGCGAAGCCCGGAGGCUGCAAAAUAUUGACCCACUCCUUGUCGAGAAAGAGUACGGCUACUGCGGGCAGGUUCGAGAACUAUUCGACCAUGUUGACGCGAAGGAAAAAAGCGGCAUCCGACUUUUAGAGGAAGGGACACAUUACUUGAACCUUCAAAACGGCGCGUCGUUAACAGUAUAUGCCAGCCCGUACACACCGUCGUUUGGGGAAUGGGGGUUUCAGUAUAGUCCACACGAAGGUCAUGAGUUCGCAAUUGGGAAUGUUGACUUGGUUAUGACGCAUGGCCCGCCUCGCGGCGUCCUGGACAAUACCAUCUCCGGCCAAAGAACAGGUUGUGAGCAUCUUUUUGGAAGGGUUGCCCGAUCCAGACCGCGAAUGCACUGCUUUGGACACAUUCAUGGAAGCUGGGGAGCUAAACUGGUCGCAUGGCGCAAGACGAUUAGUGAGAAACCGUCCCAUCUGACUGAUAUCGACAGCGGCCAAUCAACGGUAAUCGAAAAGCUCUCCAAUAUCAAGGCCAGUGGCCCCCGGGCAUAUUAUCUGACCAGUCACUGUGCUGAUGAUGCAAACCCCCUUCAACAUGGGCGCCAUACUCUGUUUGUCAAUGCCGCUAUCGAAGGCUCCGAUGGCUUUCCCUCCCACCCUGCAUGGCUCGUCGACUUGGACCUCCAAAGAGCCCUUUGA